AUGGACAGCGACAACAAAGCAACCCCUGUGUUUCUCUUCGCACAUGGCUCGACCAUGAUGCUGGGCGAGGAGUCGGAACCUGCAAAGAUAUGGGAGGAAGUAGGUAACGAAGCCUUACGACGAGGAGUUAAGCGUAUAGUCAUGAUGGGUGCUCACUGGGCGACACUUGGAGAUGAUGUUGAAGUCAGCAUGAACCCAGACCCAAAGAAGCUGCCCAUGGGUGGCGUUCGCGAUGAUCGGUAUCUACCCUACAAGUUGUUGCCCGAUAUUGAAGGAGGCCAGGAGGUUAUAGACAGACUAUGUGCCGCAGGUUUCAAGGCUCGAGCAGCGCCGAAGUUUGACUGGAUCCAUGACACUUUUCUUGUGAUCAUUCGCAUGUUUCCCCACUGCGUGCCUAUUCCAACUACCUUGGUCUCGAUGAAUGCUCGGUACGAUCCCCACUUUCAUGUUAAGAUGGGCACUGCGUUGCGCCCGAUGCGAUAUGAUGGUACGUUGAUCAUUGGAAGCGGGGGCUCUGUGCACAACCUUUAUCGGAACCAUUGGGAGCACAUGUUCCGCUUCGGAGAUAAUUUCGCGCAGCCAGUUCCUCCAGAUGACUGGGCAUUGCAGUUUCGUCAAGCUGUGGAGGACGCAAUUCUGCGUAAUAAGGGCCCGCAAUUGCGCCGUGCAUUAACUCGACUAAUGAAGCACCCACGUUUCAGAGAAGCUCAUGGGACUGAUGACCAUUGGAUGGCUUCUCUAUUCGUUGCUGGUGCCGCUGGAGGCGUCGAUGAGCGAGGAUCCAACGUUGUUAUGGGCGAGUGCUGGGAGCUCGUGAACAUGUGUAACACUCAAUAUCAGUUGGGUUCUUGGAACUAG